AGAGAGAGAGAGAGAGAGAGAGAGAGAGAGAGAGAGAGAGAGAGAGAGAGAGAGAGUUUGAGCAAGGGAUUGAGGAAAGGGUUAAGAGAGUAAGAAAAGGACUAAAAAUGACGGAUGCGAAUACUCAUAGUGUUUUACCAAAACCUGUAAUCUGUACCCACAAAAUGCUGCCGCGCACGCCGCCCUCUGAAGAAGUGGAUGUGAACUACAUAAUAAUAUCCACUUUCCUAUCUUUUUUGCGGUGCUCCUGAUAGGAAUAGAUAGUUGAAAUCGCUAAAAUAACUAAAAUUUACUAAAUUAAUAAAGAUUUCAACGAUUUCAGCGAUUUAUUUCGAUCAGAAGCACUGCAAAAAGGCGGUUGUUGUUAUGUAGUUAACAUUCACUUCUUCAGAGGACAGUAGUGUGCGGCAGCAUUUUGUGGUUACAGAUUUUGAGCCAUUAUGUCUUCUCUCAGGUUUCUCCUUGGUUCUGUUUAUUAGUGUUUUCAUUGUGUUUUCAUCAUGUGAUAUUAACGGUAAAUGGGAAUACUAUUAAGACAAUACGAUUAACCAUGUCAUUAAUGGAUGGGAUUGCACAUAGUAUAGCAAAAACAGUUAUAAACAUAAACAUUUUGAAACUAAUAGAAGAUGAUCUUGAUAUAGAUGAGAAGAUUUCUAUAUUAUUCAUGAUACUCGAUUAUGCAAAUGGAUUUAAUAUUUUUGAACUUUUUAAAUUAAAGACAGAAAAUGCGUACAUAAUUGUAGACUAUGUAAAAAAUAAUCCAGAAAAUUGGGAAGAAAAAGUCUUAGAAGCAUUAUGUAUUUUGAAUAAUCGACAAGUACUAAAGAAGUUAGGAAUAUCAUUCAGUGCUCUAGAUUUACAGUAUGUUCCAAAGCUCAUAUCAUAUUCAAAAAGUAUAAAUGUAAUUGCAAAGUGUUUAUAUAAAUUAUGUGAAUCUUUAAAUGAAAGUGAACAAAAAAUAUUAUUGAGCUAUGUUAAAUCUGAAAUCCAUAAUUAUGAUCCAUUGUUGGACAAUGUAGAUUAUCUUGAAUUACAUAUGCUUUAUUGGAUACAAAUCGGAUAUAUAACAAUUUCUAAAGAUAAAAUGUAUAAUAUGAAAAAAUUAUUAAAACAUUUGAAAAAAUUUGAAGAUGGGCAUAUAAAAAUAAUUUCUAUGGAAUUAGAGAAAUUUGAGAAUGGUCUACAGGUUGUUGAUAAUUGUCAAACUUUUGAAACAAAAGAUGAAAAUUACUUACAAUCAAUUUCUUCAGAAGAAUCGUCUUUUAUCAAAAGGCAUCAUUAUAAAAAAAAAAUACAGUUAAUUAACAGUGGAUUAUGUAUUAUCAUAAAUCAAAUGUAUUUUAUGAAGGAGUAUGAAACACGAUUUGGAACAAGAGCAGAUUCUAUUAAUCUAUCUGAAACAUUUAAAACCUUUGGGUUCAAAGUCGAGAUACUUCAAAAUCUAAAGAAAAAUGAAAUGUUAGAGAAAAUAAAAAACAUUUCGAAAGAUUAUGGUAUUAAGUAUGAUUGUUUAUUUCUCUGUAUUCUAAGUCAUGGAUACAAAGGAGGCAUAAUUGCAUCAGAUGAGAAAGAAGUUUCUCUGGAAACAAUAGAAAGGGCUCUUUGUUGUAUGGAAUUAAAAGAUGUUAUAAAAAUUGUUAUUAUUCAAGCCUGUCAAGGAAAAACACGUGGAACUAUAAGCAAUUCUUUGACAACAGAUGGUUUAUAUGAUUCUUUUAUACCCACAGAAGAUAUACGUCAAUUUGCAAACUUUUUUAUGUUUAUGUCGACAAUACAAGGUUUUCUAUCAAUACGUCAUAAAGAACAAGGGUCAUGGUUUAUACAAGAAGUUUGUAGAAUUUUCAAAACUUAUGGGAAUCAGUUAAGUUUUUAUGAUUGUAUCAGAAAAAUAAUGAAAUCUAUUCGAGAAAAAAAAGGAACAAUAGAUGGGAAUCAGAUUGCACAAUUAACAGAAAUACGACUGGAUCGUUUGGAAUCAGACUUUCAAUUAAAGCAAGUUAUCUCUGCAGUUUAACUAGAAAGUAAUCGUAUAUUAUAAAUAUUAUGUCUUAUAAAAGUAGAUAUAUUUAAAUAAAUAAUUUAUAUAUUGUUUGUUGACAAAAAUUAAUUUUAAAAGUUAAGGCUCCUGAGUUCAUAUUGAAUUAUGACAUCAGAAGCUAGAAACGAUACGUUAAUUUUUAUUACGUGCUAUUUGUAAAUAAAGCUAAUUUGAAUAAAAUGAAA